AUGAAGUGUUUCAUUAUAGGUACUUCGGGACUUUUCACUGACAAUAAACCCAGGCGAGACAGUGGCUAUAGUUGGUCCAAGUGGUUCAGGAAAAAGUACGACGGUCCAGCUGCUUCAACGGUUCUACGAUACUGUGCAAGGAGGUGCUCAAUGAGAUUUAUUUUGCAGAUUCUUCUAGACGGUGUUGACAUUCGAGAGUUGAAAGUUUCCUGGCUGCGUAGCCAACUAGGUGUUGUGUCACAGGAGCCAAAUCUCUUUGCUGGAACAGUGACGGAAAAUAUUCAGCUUGGGAACCCAGAUGCUGACUUCAAUGAGAUCGAAAGGGCGGCUAAGCAAGCGGAUGCACAUAAUUUCAUUCUUUCUCUUCCGGAUGUAAGGAACAUGAUUUUUAUAAUUAUUAAUUAUCAGUAG